AUGUUUGUGUUUCAGAUGUUAACUGGUGUUCUGAAGCACACUCCACCUCCGGCCUCCGCUGCAGCCUGCUCCUCCGCCUCGGACCAAAAGAGUAACGCACAAAACACAGUUCCCACAAUCCCACGGGGCCACCUGGUUGUGGGCCCCAAAGACCAGCUCCGCCUCCUCACCCCCGUGGGCAGCACGGCGACGUCCAAUCACUGCGCGGUGGCCGGGGCCCAUGCCGCCAAACACUCGGGAGGAGUCCCACGACCCCCUUCAUCCCUGAGCGAGGAGGACGAUGGAGGGGGAGGAGGCAGGGUGAAGAAGAAGCGAAAGAAAAAGGACAAGAGAGAACGGGAGAAAGAAAGAGGGGAGGCGGAGGAAAGGGAAAGCACCAAACCAAAGAAACGGAGGGAGGAGAGGUUGACCACGGUGGUCACUCUGAGGAAGAGCAAGGAGCCCAAGGAAGGAAAGGAGAGAAAGGAGCGAAGGACCAAGGGGAAGGAGGGGAGGACGGAGCUGAAGGCUGUGGCGGGGGGGAGGACCACGGUGGUCCCAGUGCCUGUACCUGUUAAGGUGCCCGGCAAGAGAGGGAGGAAACCCAAGGUCAAAAUCAUACCUCCUGUACCACCAAGUCAAGCACCUCCUCCUACACCAGCUGUCCACAUCAAGGGGCAGGUCCACCAUGACAAGAACCACAGACAGGCCAACAGCAAGACCCCCGUCCCCUCAGCGCCAAAACAGAGGGGCCGCAAACCCAGGUAAGA